ACCCAUUCCGUAUACGUCUGUCUCGCCUGUCUCCUGUCUCUCUCUCUCUCUCUCAGAACUUCUGAAAUACCAGAAUUCAACCGUCUCUGCAUUUCAAAAAUUGACAAUGAACGACGACGACGACCUAAUUCCACCAGACCACAAACUCUGCGGUUUCCUCUGUACAGUUCUCACAAUCACACCCGCAAACACCGCCACAGCCACUGACCUCCACGCAGCCCUACCUCUCAACUCUCGCUGCCGCAUCACCGCCGACGGACUUGACGUCCACUUCAAAUCGCAAAACGACAUCGUUCUGUCAACCAUAAACUCCAAUGCCAAAGCUCUAGUCCCCACCACUCCCAAUUCAGCGACUCCAAAUUCAAGCAAAACCCAAAAUUCAAAUACGCAAAUGACGUCGUCGGUUGCUUCUUCGAGAAAGAAGUGGAGGAGAAUUGGGGUAGUGAAUGGGAGUAUAAGCGUGGUUCAUCAGCUGAAUGCCUUGGUGAAGGACAAGUGUUUGAGAAUUGUAGCGAGGGUGGUUAGGGUUGUGGUUGGUGGUGGUGGUGGUAGUGAAGCGAGGGCGGUGGUGCUGGUGGACGUGUACUUGCCGAUUGCGUUGUGGUCAGGCUGGCAAUUUCCUCGGUCGGGCUCCACCGCCGCAGCCCUCUUUCGCCAUAUGAGUUGUGACUGGGGAACAAGAAGUUCAAUGCUCAAGUGUGGCAAACAUGAUCAUGAAGAUAAUUACAGCAUUUGGAAUCUUUCUGAUUGUCAUGUUCUUGAAUGUAAGCAGCACUGCAGUGCCCCAGAUGCUUCAAAGAAAAAGCUCUUCGAACUUCAUGAGAUUUUUAAGAGCUUGCCUAGUGUGGUAAAGAAGGGAGACCCUGAUUGUUCAAGAGUUAAUCCAGAGGAUGCUUCUUUUACAUCUGGGAUUUGGAUGGUAUCGGAUGAUGUGUUGAUCAACAUUUUAAGUGCACUUUCUCCAAUUGACCUUGUUAGGCUUUCUGCAACCUGUCGCCAUCUCAGACUUUUGGCAGCAUCUGUUAUGCCAUGUAUGAAACUUAAGCUUUUUCCUCAUCAGCAUGCAGCAGUUGAGUGGAUGCUACAGAGGGAACGGGAAUCUGAAGUCUUGCCCCAUCCUUUGUACAUGGAUUUCUUAACUGAAGAUGGCUUUCCAUUUUAUGUAAAUAUUGUUUCUGGUGAAAUAAUCACUGGGGCAAUUCCCACUAUUAAAGAUUUUCAUGGGGGAAUGUUCUGCGAUGAACCUGGUUUGGGGAAGACUAUAACUGCUCUUUCUCUUAUUCUGAAGACGCAGGGAACAUUGGCAGAACCACCAGAAGGGGUACAAGUAAUCUGGUGUGCACAUAAUGCUGAUCAGAGAUGUGGCUAUUACGAGCUUCGUAGUGAUAAUGUCAGUGGUGUUAGGGUUUCAAGUAAUGGGGUUGUGAGUCAGAAUGCUCGAAGGGGACAAUUAUCUCUAGAUAAAGUUACUCCAAGGAAGAGCUCCUUGUUGAAAGGAGCCAGGUAUAUGGAUUCAGCUGAGAAAAUUACAGAAUCUACUGAUUUAUGUCCUGGUAAAGGAAUCCAAUCCCCUCUGGCUGCAUGCUCUACCCCAGCAACAUGUGUUGUUCAAUGCACCAGGAGCUGGAGUCGCAUUAAGAGAAAUCUUCUGCAUAAAUAUGAAGGGUCAUUUGGCUUUUGUGAAGAGAUGAAGGUGAAGAACAGGACGAGAAAAAGAAAGCAUGCUUCGAGUCAUAGCUCUCUGGACAAGUGGCAUGGGUUAUCCAAUGGAUUUCCAUGCAAUAGCAAGAGGCCUGAGAAGGCCACUGCAGAUUAUUUUAAUGAAACUUGGGUCCAGUGUGAUGCUUGCCGCAAGUGGCGGAGGCUUGCAGACGCAAGUGUAGCAGAUACUACCACAGCAUGGUUUUGUAGUAUGAAUAAUGAUCCAUUACAUCAGAGUUGUAGUGUUCGAGAAGAAUCUUGGGAUUACCCCCAGUCCAUAACAUUCUUCCCUGGAUUUCACACCAAAGGAGCUUCUGGGGGAAGAGAGGAAAAUGUGUCCUUUUUCAGUAGUGUGCUUAAGGAGCACUAUGCGUUGCUAAAUUCUGAAACAAAGAAGGCCUUAACUUGGUUGGCUAAACUAUCGCCCGAUAAACUUUCUGAAAUGGAAACGAUUGGGUUGGUGCAUCCUAUUACGGAAACUCGAGUCGUAUGUACCGGACAUGCCCAUGAGUUCCACAAAAUAUUUCAAGCAUUUGGUCUCAUUUAUAUGGUAGAAAAGGGUACUACAAGGUGGUACUACCCCAGAACUCUUGUCAAUUUGGUCUUUGAUCUUGAUGCCCUCAGAAUUGCUCUCUGUGAGCCGUUGGAUUCGAUCAGAUUAUAUUUGUCAAGGACAACUCUGGUCGUCGUUCCAACAAAUCUAGUUGAUCAUUGGAGAACUCAAAUCCAAAAGCAUGUCAGACCUGGUCAGUUGCGGGUUUAUGUCUGGACCGACCAUAAAAAGCCUUGUGCACACAAUCUGGCUUGGGACUAUGAUGUUGUUAUAACUACCUUUAAUCGUUUUAGUGCUGAGUGGAGCCCACGUAACAGAAGUGUAUUGAUGCAAGUUCACUGGCUUAGAGUCAUUUUAGAUGAAGGGCACACCCUUAGCUCGAGUCUUAACAUAACAAACAAAUUGCAAAUGGCUGUUUCAUUGAUAGCUUCGAAUCGUUGGUUGUUAACGGGAACACCAACUCCCAACACUCCUAACAGUCAACUUUCCAAUCUUCAACCUGUACUUAAAUUCCUUCAUGAAGAAGCUUAUGGACAGAAUCAGAAGUCAUGGGAAGCAGGUAUUCUUCGGCCCUUUGAGGCGGAGAUGGAAGAGGGUCGUUUACGUUUGCUUCAAUUACUGCAUAGGUGUAUGAUCAGUGCAAGAAAAAUAGAUUUGCUGACAAUUCCUCCUUGCAUCAAGAAAGUGAUGUUUCUUAAUUUUAAUGAAGAACAUGCUAGAAGUUACAAUGAAUUGGUAGUUACAGUAAGGCGCAAUAUAUUAAUGGCUGACUGGAAUGAUCCUUCCCAUGUGGAGAGUUUGCUGAAUCCCAAGCAAUGGAAGUUUCGAAGUACCCUUAUUAGAAAUGUGAGGUUAUCUUGCUGUGUGGCUGGACAUAUUAAAGUUACAGAUGCUGGACAAGAUAUUCAGGAAACUAUGGAUAUUUUAGUUGAAAACGGUUUGGAUCCUAAUUCAGAUGAGUAUGCUUUUAUAAAAUAUAACAUUCUAUAUGGUGGCAAUUGUACGAGGUGCAAAGAAUGGUGCCGUUUACCUGUCAUUACACCAUGUAGGCAUCUUCUAUGCCUUGAUUGUGUUGCUUUGGACAGUGAACGAUGUACAUUUCCUGGCUGUGGUAAUUUAUAUGAGAUGCAGAGUCCUGAAAUAUUAACCCGUCCAGAAAAUCCCAACCCGAAAUGGCCUGUCCCUAAAGAUCUUAUUGAGUUACAGCCUUCAUAUAAACAGGAUGACUGGCAUCCAGAUUGGCAAUCAACAUCUAGCAGCAAAGUCACUUAUCUUGUGCAUAGGCUUAAAGAAUUGCAGGAAGCUAAUAGAAUGAUUGGCUACUACAUAGAUGAGGAUAAUGAUGCCAAGAUUAUUGAUGAACCUGAUUUCCCAUCUGAGAACAGCCAUUUCAGCUCUUUUUUACAUCAACAAGCUUGUGGUAGAUCUACCAAAGAGUCACACAAUGUGCUUCCAGAGAAAGUUCUAAUAUUUUCUCAGUUUCUUGAGCAUAUACAUGUAAUUGAACAGCAGUUAAUGCUCGCGGGUAUCAAAUUUGCUGGAAUGUAUAGUCCCAUGCAUUCUAGCAACAAGAUGAAAUCACUUGUGAACUUCCAGCAUGAUGCAAAUUGUAUGGCUCUUCUAAUGGAUGGAAGUGCCGCAUUAGGUCUUGAUUUGAGCUUUGUGACACAUGUCUUUCUAAUGGAACCAAUCUGGGACAAAAGCAUGGAGGAACAGGUAAUUAGUCGUGCUCAUCGGAUGGGUGCUACACGUCCUAUUCAUGUGGAAACAUUGGCAAUGAGUGGCACAAUUGAAGAGCAAAUGUUAAAAUUCCUGCAGGAUGCUGAUGAGUGUAGAAGGUUCCUGAAGGAAGAGUUUGGCAAGCAUGAUCGCGAGGCGGCACGAGCACACCGUACUUUACAUGAUUUUGCAGAGAGCAACUAUUUGGCUCAGCUUAGCUUUGUGCGAACGCAUGCCAAGACAUAAUGG